AAGAAGCGGACAGUUCAAGGUGGUUCAGAUAUCAGCGCUUUGCGCGCAACAGGACGCAGCAAACCCGCUCUGAGAAGGAAUAUUUUUACUCUUCCGUUUGAGUGUGGUCAAUACUAAAGACGUUUGUCUAAAAAGGACUAAGCUGUGUAAGAAAUGAAAGCGUGGCGGGUAAAUUUUCUGUACUUUGUGGUGUUGAACGCAGCUGUGCAGUGUGUGACCGCCCUGGAGGAAGAGCUCUUCAAUUCUAUUUCUGGUAACUUCCUGGACCCUCUGAGAGACUUGUUUGACCACAGAGAUGACAAAAAUCAAACUUUUGCCAAGUUCUCCCUCCGUAAACCGUCCCAUCCUGAUGAUGACCUUUGCUACAUUGUUCCGGGUAACCCUGACUCCCUGACUGCAUGCACCUUCAACAGCACCUCCAAAACCUUCCUAGUGAUCCAUGGAUGGACGGUUAGUGGUUUGUUUGAAAGCUGGGUGGCUAAGCUGGUUUCUGCCCUGUAUGAGAGAGAGCGGACGGCUAACGUGAUCGUGGUGGACUGGCUCUACUCGGCACAGAACCACUAUGGCGUGGCGGCUCAGAACACCAAAGCAGUGGGACAGGAGGUCGCUCGCUUCAUCGAUUGGAUAGAGGAAACAACCAACAUGCCUGUUGAGAACCUUCAUCUGAUUGGCUAUAGCCUUGGGGCUCAUGUGGCAGGAUUUGCUGGAAGCCAUGCAACCAAUAAAGUCGGAAGAAUAACAGGUUUAGACCCAGCCGGUCCUGAUUUUGAGGGAGAGCAUGCUCAUGGGCGCCUCUCCCCGGAUGAUGCUCACUUUGUGGACGUUCUCCACACCUUUACAAGGGGUACACUGGGUUUCAGCAUCGGGAUCCAGCAGCCUGUUGGCCAUGUUGACAUUUACCCAAAUGGAGGCAGCUUCCAGCCAGGCUGUAACCUCAGGGGGGCCCUGGAGAAGAUUGCUAACUUUGGAAUUUUUGCUAUAACUGAUGCAGUGAAGUGUGAACAUGAGCGCUCUGUCCACCUCUUCAUCGACUCUCUGCUGAAUGAGCAGGAAGCAGGAAAGGCAUACAGGUGCAGUAACAGUGACACCUUCAACCGGGGCAUGUGUCUUAGUUGUCGAAAAAGCCGCUGCAACAAAGUUGGCUACGACAUCAUCAAAGUCCGCAGGGCUCGCGAUGUUCAGAUGUUCACCAAUACACGAGCCUCAAUGCCAUUUAGAGUCUACCACUAUCAGCUGAAGAUCCACUUCCUCAGUAAUGUUGACCGCUCAGAGAUGGAGCCCUCACUCACUGUUUCACUGUAUGGGACAAAAGCAGAGGCAGAAAACCUGGAGCUGAAGCUAAAGGAGAAAAUAGCAACGAAUAAGACUCAUUCAUUCCUGCUGGCAACAGAGAAAGAUAUUGGAGAUCUCUUGAUGCUGAAGUUUAAAUGGGAGGAGACAAAGAGGUGGUCAGCCUCCAACAUGGUGAAAAUGGUUUCCUCUAUUUGGUCGAGGAGCUCUGAAAACGCAGAUGUGAAGGUUCACAAAAUCCGAGUCCGAGCUGGAGAGACCCAACAAAAGAUGGUUUUCUGUGUCAAAGACCCUGAAACUAAGGACUUAACAAAAGAGGUCACGUUUGUUAAAUGUAAGGAUUCGUGGAGGUCUAACUCAAAAAGAUUUCCAAAAAGAGUCACUAUGGAGAAACACUGACCUGGAGAACACAUACAUAGAAAGCCCUUCAACCCAUUUCAGCACUUAAGAAAUAACUUAUACAUCAGUAACUUAUUUUAUUUCAAAGAUCAUACAAGUCAUAAAAUAAUGCUCAUUAUUUAAAACAAUAUCUGUGUGAAUGAUGUAAAAAAUGUUGCUUUUUUUAAACUGAAACUCCAUUUUUGUACAAGAAAGUGUUUUCUUCUUUGGUUCAUAUUUUUUUGUCCAAAGAAUUUAAUUCUGCUAAAGCUCCAUUCAGAGCCUCACAUACUGAGAGGAAUCAGUGACAUUUACUUUAGUGGUUGUCAUGGGAUUCCCAUUUUGUUAAACAAGACGUUAGAUCAACCACUGUGAAGAUAAACGUACUCCUGAUGUUCAUAAAAGAGGUAUGAAUGAUUUCUGUUUUUAUGCAGUGUGUGCAGCUUAAUAUAAAGUCAUGUAUGUAUUAUCUAACAGAGCAUUCACCGCUGUGGCUCUCAGCACUGUAUGUGACUGUGGGAUAUGAACCACUGUGCCUUACUAUCGCCAGAACUAAGCUGCUGCAAACUGCUUAACUCUGAUCUUUGUGCCUUGUUAUUACUUUACACAUUUGUGUUCUUUAGUUUUGUUCUCUUGACUUUGUGACAUUUUCUCAAACCUCCAAACAUGCAAAUAUUGUUUUUCAAAACUUUGCUCCAUGUCAUGUUACUUGGAGGCUGUUACUUCAGAGAAAUGUCGAACAUAUCGUGUGUCAGGCGCGUUAAGGUAGCUGAAGUAAAUUGGGUACAUAAUGCUCGAUGUGAGGUACAGUUCAUCUCUAUUUAAGCAUUUUGUUGCACUAUCUGGAUCCUCUGUUCCCUGCAGUUUUCUGUGCAUGUGACUUUCUGAGUUUUGAAGGAUGCUCUUUUAUUGGUUCUUACAUUUCCAGCUCUGUGAGCAGUGUCAAACCUCAGCUCUUUAGAGAUCGGUACUGUAAUCAUUGUGACUUCAUUUCUACCCACUUAAAUGAUGUGGAAAUGUUUUUUUUUUAUUAUUGCACUGACAACAUGGGGAGAGAAUGCUAAACUGUGUUACUUGUACAUUUAUGUAAAUACCUGGAUAAGGAUGACUGAUUUUGUAGUAUGUAAAACUGUUAGCUAUAUAUUUUUAAUAUGUAAAAGGUGUAUUUCUGAAAUCUUUUGUACAUAUUUGUAAAUACACACUGUAUGUUUUUUCUCUAUUAAAUCAAAAUAAGAGGA